AUGAGGAAGGAGGGUCAGAAUGCUGGAGCAAGGGAUGAGUGGGAAGUGUACGGCGCUGCACCGCAGUCGUCUCAGCACCCCGGUGCCCUUCGUGGCUCCGUGUACCCUGCCUUCUCUCAGGGGAACAGUUGUGGUGAAGGCGAAGUUGACGACCAGGAGGGAUGCAACCAGGUGGCCCGUGACUUGCGGGCAGAGUUCUUGGCUGGGCCGUCGUCGGAGUCCAAGAGAGGUUCUCUCUUCCCACCAGAUGGAGAUGGGUCGCUGGUGUUGUCAAAGAAGCUCCAUGGCAUCCUCCUGGCUGCUGCGGGAAGCCGAACCCUGGCUCCGCAGCGGUUGGUUCAAGUCCUUUCUAUUCUGUGUUCUCUGCUGUUCGCCAUCCUCUUCGCCUUUCUGCUCGCCAUCAUCUACCUGGUCAUUAAAGUGUUGCGUGCUAAGAAUUUGAAAAAUGAAGAUGGAGUAGACGCUGGGCUGUUAGGAUUCUGGACGCUGCUUAUAAUAUCCCUAACCAGGUUCAAGAAACUGAUGGGACACUCCUUCCACAUGGGCUAUAUCAUGGCGAUUUUGAAUGGCAUUGUGGCUGCUCUUACUGUAGCAUGGUGCCUCAUGUAAAUCCACA